UCGAGAGAUAAAUUGUACUUGUUAUUGUCACCGCCAAAUCUAUCUGUCGGGCCACGCGCGUCUCGUAGAAUACACGCGCGCGGCCGUCAUCACGUGAGGCGGUGCCAAUCACACGGUCACAAAACACUAGAGCGUCGCCUCGGCGUCGGCGACGGCCUCCGCUUGCGCUUCAAGCGCCUCGGCGGCGCCCGCGUCCGGCACCCGGGGCACGAAGCCCUUGCUCCGCAUGAGCUCGUGGAUCUCGCCCGUCGACAGGGGCGCGAGGUCGAUGCGUUCCAGCUCCUCGCCUGCAUCGUCCUCGAUGAUGAGGUGUGGCUUUUUCCCGGGCUUGAAGUCGAUGACGAGGCCCUCGUAGCUGUCGGCGUGGCCCGGCUCCUUGACGAAGCGCUUCACCUCCUUCAAUUUGUUGAGCUUUCAGCCACUACACGUCUCGAUGCGGCCCUUCGCGGCGAGCGCCGACGCCGCGACGAGCAGCAGCCUGCGAGCGGUCGCGGUUUCUCGGCGGCAGCGAUGCGCGCGAACGACUCGAUUGAUUUUGUGUUGGCUUCAGGCGCUCGCGCGUAUCGCGCGGGGUCUCGUCAAGCAGUAAGUCGGUAAUCUCAUGUAGAUUUUGCGCAUCCCUAGCCUCUUGUAAUCGAUGUUUUGCGACGCGGUAGCUGCAGCACCUGGCAAGCAGCACCAUUUUUUGUGAGCAGCAGCGGCUGAGAUGCUGCGUUCCCAGGACGGGAGUAGACAGCACGCUUCAGUGAGCAAGCCACGUAGCCGCGGAGUACACUGUAUUGAGAGCUUUGCUCGG